AUGGACACGAAUACAGACCGCAAAUUCCCUCCUGGGGGCUGGCAUUCUUUGCCAACUGAGUUGAUGACUAUGAUAAUCGAGAUGCUCGCAUGGCCGGAUACAAAAGCGCCUGUGAUCGAAGUAACACGCCCGCAGACGGCCCCGGUCUUUGCUCGGUACUCAACCAUCUCUAGGCAGUGGCAGAGUCUCAUCGAGCGGAUCCUGUUCAAACACCUCAUUCUAAACCAGCACGACAUGGACUGCUUCGGCAGAACUGUCACAGGACCGCGGACGGCCUUUGUGCAACACAUCUGGCUUCGGAUAGUUCUUCCCGCAUACGACUGUAAGAGUUGCCGCAAGGAAGAAUCAGAGGAGGAGAUCGUGAGCCACAACCUGGACUACACCAACGCCAUCUGGCAACUUUUUGGAUUUCUGUCAUCCCCAGCCUGGAACGAGAAAAGGCACCAUAGCGCCAAGGGCAUCACUCUGGAACUGAGCGCUCACUCUCUGACUGACACGGCCCACUUUGGGAAGGAUCUCAAGAUGCGCAGCAACGACACAGCAUGGGGAGACAAGAACGAGCGGCGUGUUUGGAUCCCAUGGCUCACACACGACGAUGUUAUCCACGACUGGCAGGAAGGGCGAAAGUGCCGAUCGGUCGUGCCAACAGGGGCCAAGCGCAGGCUUUUCGGACCACCUCGCGGGCUGUGUCUUGACCGCGAUGCAUCGUUCGUAAGACUGAGGGGCGCAGAACUGCCCGAGGUCAACGCAAUUCACGCCCUAGUCAUCCGGCGCCAAUUCUACCGGGCGUUCAGCAUCAGAAAAGGCCUGGCAAAGAUCUUUCGCAGCCUACCGCGGCUGCAGGAGCUCGUGUAUGAGCCGUGGCGAGGCCCUCCUGCCGAUCUUUGUGGGCUCGAUGGCAUUCCCGCUGUCCAGAACGAUCCCAGCAGACCACAUGCGCAGUUGUUAUAUAUGGAUACGGCUCGACUCACGAGGGAUUUCGACCACAUGCACUUCUUUAGUAAGGUGUUGAGCGACAAACCUAAUCUGAAGAGGGUGUCCAUCUUCGAGGACGUCGAUGAUGUCUUCUUCGAGGCCAAUCCGCGCACUAUGGCCGACCCUAAAACUAUCAAUCCAUCGAGGCCGAACAUUGGCGAUUCGGUCAUCUGCUGGGCAGCAAAGGCGGCGGAGCGGAUGCCACGGCUCGAGGUAAUGGAGCUCUGGAGCUCUCAGAGAUUCGGGUUCGCAACCAUCUUCCGUUUUGAAAGGCGAGAACGCCAGCCUAGGAUCCAGCUCUUGUCGACCAGGCCUAGCCACCUCACUGAAAUAGAGGAGGCGCACUGGCAAAGGGUGGUGGACCAUCUUUAUCCUGGGCUCGGAGUCUGGCUUGAGGUCGAGGUGACUCUUCUGGACAUGCCUACGAUCCUUGGACCGGCCUCUGUGAUUGAUCUAUUGAUGCUGAAAGACAGAGUAUUGCAUCCGGUUUCUCUUCGGCAAAUGCAUAUAGAAGACCAGCGGCGGAAGGUCACCUAUGAACUAUGA